GCUUCGCUUUACUUCUGUAAUCCUGCCAACCGCCCAUUUCCAUCCAUCCCUCCCUCCAUCACUCCAUCCAGGGGAUUUGACUGCCAUUAAGAGAUGGCUUUUUGGUGUGUAUGUGUGUGAUUGAACACGCACAGUAAAAGGGGGGAUGAUGAAGUGUAAAAACACAAGCGCGCACACACACUCACUCCUGGAGGACUGUGUCAGGCAGAAGCCUCAGUGGUGCCGCUGAAGGUGCGCGGUGCAGACUGAUAUGGGAUGGCAGGAUGGACAUGAAUAUUUGGACAGUGACUUUUAGUACACAUGGAUGCAACUGUCCAGAAAAAUCAACAGACCUCCAUUAAUCCUGGCAUGUCCCAGAUGAGAGACCUCAGUAAUGACUGUCAUCACUUUCACCGUAUCUUUGCUGUGCCUGCUGCCCCAGGCGGUGCUGGCGCGGUGGGCGUGCGUUCGGGCCUGCCCUCCGUCCUGCUCCUGCACGCAGGAGAAGAGCUGCAGCGUGCUCUGCGACCGCUCUGGCCUGGCUGAGCUGCCUAAAGAGUUUCCCUGCGAGGCCUCGGCCAUCAACCUGGAGAAGAACAGACUUAAGUUUCUGGCAGAGAGAGCCUUCGGAACCCUGCCCUCCCUCAAGUACCUCUGUUUGGAUCACAACAACAUCUCCUUCAUCACGCCCGGAGCCUUCAAGGGCCUCGCCAACUUGGUGGACCUGAAAAUGGCGCACAACGAGUACAUCAGUUAUCUUCACACACGAACAUUCACAGGGCUGAAGAAGCUGGUGCGCCUGGACUUGUCAGACUGUAAUCUCUUCAACAUCCCCGACCGCAUCUUCAUUGAGCAAACGACACUGAAGGAGCUGCUCUGCUUCCAAAACAACUUCAGGAGGGUCCCCGGAGCCAUCAGAGGCAUGGAGAACCUGACUCACAUCUACCUGGAGAGGAACAAGAUAGAGGCGGUGGCCUACAAUUCCCUGCUGGGCCUGGGUAGUCUCAAGUACCUGAACCUCCAGGAGAACCGCAUCAACGUGAUCCAUGACCAGGCCUUUCAGGACCUUGUGCGGCUGGAGAACUUCUACCUCAAUGACAACCUGCUGUCUGAUCUGCCCCAGCUUGCCUUCAAGGGCCUUGUUCGCCUCAAGAUGCUCAACCUUGGAGGUAACCAGUUGACCAACGUGUCCAAGACCUGGUUCAGCGACCUAGUAGAGUUGGAGGUCCUGUACCUGGACAGGAACCAGGUGCUAUACAUCGAGGAAGGCACUUUUGAAAACCUGACCAGCCUGAUCACGCUCCACUUGAACAGCAACAACCUUACCACCCUUCCCUUCCCCGUCUUCCAGCCCAUCUACUUCCUCGGCCGCCUCUACCUGUUUAGAAACCCCUGGGUGUGCGACUGCUCCCUGGAGUGGCUGAAGGAGUGGAUGGAAAACUACAAGCUGGUGCGGGACAUCCCCUGUGCCUCACCUUCCUCUGUGGCAGGGCUGGAUCUCAGUGAGGUGGUCUUUGCCAAGGUGAACGGCACGUGCGUGGACCCUGCAGAGCUAAAUCUGACCACGGCCUCGUCAGAGAUCGUGUCCACCACGGAGAACCGCUUCAACAGCCUCAUCUCCAAGCUGCUCCAGCAGGAGCUCAGGGAGGAGAUGGGGAACAGCACAGAGAGCCUCCGCAAUGGGACCCUUCUGGACCCCGAGGAUGGGCAGCUCUCUGCAGGGGUCAGGCACCGGGCGCAGGCAAGCCAAUUGCUCCUUUGCUUCCUUGUAGUGUGGCUUAUCUUUGGUUUGAUUGGCCAUUCAGAUAUACAUUUCUGUCUUUCCUGCACAUGAGAACAGUGGAAAUGGAAUUUGUAUCCAGACGGAAACAUCAAGGGGUAGCUUUUUUAAAUUGCCGAUGAGAGAAUUUUUUUUCUCUGAGAAAGCACCAAGGAAUGCUCUUCCUUGCACAUGUGGUUACUGGUGUGAGUCGGCACCGGAAUUAGGGGGGGAUUUUUUCUGUUGAAGCACAAGUGUGGUAAACUGCAUAUUCUCAGCCAUCUUCAGAAGAAAGACUGACGCUGACAUGGCGGCAUUACUUUUCACAUGAGUUGUUUAUACACAAUAAUCUAUGAUAUUUAUAGAUGACCUACUUAUAUAAGAGAAUGUCUGAUACAUAACUUCUCCUGGUUCCUGCCAAAGCUGCAGGAUUGAUUGCUACAAUUACAGAGGCGGCGGUUGAUUUCAAACUGUGGAUUACUUGUGGAAAUGUAUGUGUGAUCCUCCACCUUUUCUUGCUUAAUACUCAAUUUUAAUUAAUAUUACGUAAUAUUCAUAGCAUUACAUAGUCUGAUACUAGUGUUUUUUCUGUAUUUUCAUUUACAUCUAUGUGUAAAGUUAAAGGAGAUAAGAGCUCCUGUAGUUAUCUCCUAAACAGAUGUCCUCUUCUAUUCACUCAACUCUAAAUGUAGGUUGUGCAGCUUUUCCAUAAAUGCAUUAAUCUUCUUAUUGCGUGCGGCUCAGUGUGGUUGCUGCUCGGCUACGCUACAGCAUAAUGGAGGGACUUUUGCCUCGAGCAUGGACUGUUUUCCCCUUAUGGAUAUGAUCUUUCCCCAUACAUGGCGGUGUAGUGGGUGUGCUUGCCAUAUGUCAGCUUGUGGAUGGGGGAGGGAAUAGUGUCAAAGCAUGUCAGAUCUCUUUAGGCAAAGAAAUCCUUUCAGGUACUUUACCAAAUGAACUGUGCUUGAUAUUCGAGAGAGAGAGAGAGAGAAUCCCUGUUCCAACACCCUCCACUGCUUUCUUUUUACCUGGUGAAUGUAAGUAGUUUGGUCUGACAGCCAGUGAUCCAGUUCAGUGGUGUUAUUAGACAAAACGCUCUGUCACAUGAUAUAUUUUUCUAAAUAAAAUAAAAAAAUUGCUGUCGAA